CUCCUGUGCACUUGAUCCUCCUGCGACUCGUCAUGCCCGGUGUCCUGGCCACGCGCGAGCUCACCCAGCACGGAGGACGUGCCAAAGAAACUCAACAUCACCACCAACAAAAAAUGGGAGUGGAGGGCCAGGGGGGAGGUGAAAGGGGAGGAAGAGAAGGAGAGGGAAGGGGGAUGCAGGGAGGGAGGAGGGAAACCUAAAUUGAGGACAGGCACGACCUCAAUGGCAAAUUCAGAUGUCGAUGAAUGCCCUACGCCAUCCAGGAAUGUCUUGCCGUACCAGAGCCUGAGCGUCACUGUCCAAAUGCUCGACGAAACUGAUCUGCGUGCCCCUACUUCAACACGCCCAUUGGAUCUUGAGGUUGGCGCGGUUCUGGCCGAGACGCAGCAUCAGUGGGACGCCUGCAGGACCGAGCACGAGUCACGCCCAACUCUGCCAACACGACGAGGGUGCCCGGCGCUGGCUGGCCAGCUUCCCUGCUCUUCACGCGGGAUCGACUGGAUCCUCGGGUGGCUCCCGCCAGCCCUCCCGGACACCCCGAAGCGGACGAGGUCCCAGACCAGGAGCGAGAGGGAGGACGGCACCUGCAAGCUCGAGGUCCUGGGGCGUGGAAGCGGGGCCUUCACAUCUCGUCGGGUCGGCGAUGUCGGCGUGCUGCGGAGUCCCAGUCCAGCGAGGCUCUACAGCUCCUCGCCUCUUGAAUCGAAGUUUCUCCCACACAUGCUCAAAUCGGGGUGGUGGGUCGGCAUCUAUCCAUCCGUGCUUGGCCAAGCAACGGUACAAACGUUCCAACACCGCCCCAACGUUACUCUCCUUUACUUUACCCAGCUUCCCAACGCAACGCUUCACUCUACCUCUACCGCCUCGCUCUUGGUUCGCAUCCAAGACCUCCUUGACGAAGACAGGCACGUCACGGGUUGCUAUGAAUUGCCCAGAGACACCGAUCGUUGGCCCCGUGUGGAAAGUCUGGUGCCACCAACCAGAAGAGAACCUCGCCAGGCCUCUGCACUACCUCCACCACCUGCUCCAUCAGCCCCGCGGCGGCCGGGUGCUUCCGCAGAUCGGGCCCGCGGUCGGCGAUCGGCGGCACUCCCGGCAGCGUGCCACAGGCGCCCGGCGUGGCGUUGGCGAAGAGGUCCACCUCGGCCACGUAGUCUCGGACGGCCCCCCCGCCGAAGGGCUUCCUGACGACGCCCCCCAGGGACUCCGGGCCCUGCGCCCGGGGCAGGAAUCGAACGAGGACCGCGAAGCGCGAAGCGCGAAUAACUUCGUGCCCUCGAGGGAGCCCUUGCAGACCUUCUCCCCCGAGAUCAGGGCGUGCGUCCCCGUCCAGUUGUACAUGUCCACGUGGAGGUUGGACCGCGCCCCGGCACCGCCCAGGAAGAGCUCGUAGCCGAUGACGUGCUGGCUCCACCAGUCGAACAUCCAGUCCAGCGCGCGGAAGGGGUCGGGCUCGAGGUCCCCCGCGAGCUCGAUGAGAGCACUGGCGCUCGUGAAGUACCUGAACUCUCUGGCGUGCUGCUCCCCACUGUGUCAAAGAAGUCUGCGACGGUGACGUCGCGGCUGUUCGCCGACGCAUCCCCGAUGGCGGACCGAAGGGCGGCCUCUGUCCAGGUCAUGGCCUUCCAGCGCGGCAUCAAUCCCUCGAGGAUGAACGGCGUGCCGUUUAUGCCUCUGUUCAUCACCUUGUAGAACGACUCCUCAUGCGGGCAGAUGCUAUGACGCCUCCCACGGGGGGGGGUCCAGAUGGCUCCCGCAGACCUCCACUGUCGAACAUCCCAUAUGAACUGGAAAAACGUCCCACAACGAUACCCAACCCACACCCCGCUGCCGAGGGAGGCGUGCCCACCCUUUCCCAAGGGAAUGGCGGGAAAGCCCUUGCAGAGGAAUCUGGG